AUGGCUGGCAGAACAGCCGUCAUCUCGGGCUCCUCCAAAGGCAUCGGCGCCGGCAUCGCCCUAGAACUGUCAAAUCGCGGUGCAAACAUUGUUCUCAAUUACCCCUACCCGUCCUUGGAAGCCGAGUGCCAGACCGUGGGGAAAACCCUGAAAACAUACUGGAUCGCCGUGUGCGCAGACCUAGCAUCCGUCGACGGUCCAUCAGAGCUCGUCCGACAGGCCGUAGCCAGGUUCGGCCAUAUCGACAUCCUCGUCAGCAACGCCGGCUACGACCAGGCGAUGAACUUAAAUGCCCGUGGCGCUUUUGCACUGCCAGCUGAUCCCCCGAGCAUAUCUGGUGCUAUUGGCGGGUCGCGCAUCAUCAUAGUCGGCUCGGCUGCUUCGCGAGUGCCCAAGGCAAACCAGGGCGUUUAUGCGGCCACGAAGGGCGCUCUCGAUUCCAUCUUGCGGGUUUGGGCCAAGGAGCUGCCGCCAAAGUACGGCUGUACGGUCAACCUAGUGGCUCCGGGGCCGGUGUUGACCGAGACCUUUCUUGACCACUUUACUCCUAAAGAGUGGGAAAAGAUCAAAGCAAUGCUGAUUGCCGAGACACCAGUCGAGGGUGGAGCUGCGUCUAUGGAGGAUAUUGCUUGGGCGGUCGCCUUUCUUGCGGAAGAGCGGUCUCGUUUUAUCAACGGCGAGUUUAUGCUAUUGUCUGGAGGAGUCUCGAUGAAGUAG